AUGCAGACUGCUUCUACAAACAUUGGUGAAAGACUGUGCAAUAAGUCAAUCCGUGUAAUUUCCUUGCUACUAAAUAUUCCACGGUCAACUGUUAGUGGUAUUAUAACAAAGUGGAAGCAACUGGGAACAGCAACUCAGCCAUGAAGUGGUAGGCCACGUAAAAUGACAGAACGGGUCAGUGCAUGCUGAAGCGCACAGUGCGCAGAAGUCACCAACUGUCUGCAGAGUCAAUAGCUAAAGACCUCCAAACUUCAUGUGGCCUUCAGAUUAGCACAAUAACAGUGCAUAGAGAGCUUCGUGGAAUGGGUUUCCAUGGCCGAGCAGCUGCAUCCAAGCCUUAUAUCACCAAGUGCAAUGCAGAGCGUUGGAUGCAGUGGUGUAAAGCAUGCCGUCACUGGACUCUA